CGUUUAUCUGUGACUCUACUGCAUAUUGUGAGAGGCGGGAUUUCCCUUCGUUUACGGAUAGAGGUUUAGGUGAGAACAUAGAAGGGAUCGUUACUGUAUCAACUAUUGGUUGGCCUAUCACAGGUUUAUGUGAAAGCUUCAGUACAGUAGCACAACUACUAGGAUACAAUGUUCCGGCGAGGGACAUAGUAGCCCAUAUCGGCGAUGCUAACCUGAAACGUCUUGUGCAACUCCACCCUGUGAACAUGUCUGAUGUCAACAAGACUAUCCAGAAAUGGCACGCGAGUUUCACAAAAGGCACGGACUUUGAUUCUUGGGGACAAUUAGUAGAGGCCAUAGAUGAGUACCAAAUACUCGCAAGGCAGCUGCAGAAAGAGGUACAGUCAACAAACCCAUCUGACUUCACAGAGGACCAGAAGAAAACAUUAGGGAAGUUUGCAACAUGCCUGGAGAUGAGAAGCUCUGCCUUGCAGUGCACACAAUCUCAGGAGGAGUUCAAGUUGGAAGAUCUGAAGAAACUGGAAAUUAUUAUCAAGAGUAUUUUGACGUAUAACAAAGAUUUUCCUUUUGAUGUGCAGCCAGUGCCCUUGAGGAGAAUCCUGGCCCCGGGGGAGGAGGAGAACUUGGAGGUGGAAGAAGAGGAGGAUGCUGCUACAGGAGCAGGCUCCCAAGAGUCAUUUCCCAACAGAGUACCAGGGACAUUGUUGCCACGGUUACCCUCAGAGCCCAGGAUGUCGCUGCUCACAAUAAAGAUUGACAAGAUUGGGCUGAAAGAUGCAGGGCAAUGCAUUGAUCCCUACAUGACAGUUAGUGUGAAAGAUUUAAGUGGCAUUGAUUUGAACCCAGUGCAAGACACACCUGUGGCAACCCGAAAGGAGGACACAUACAUUCACUUCAGCGUAGACAUUGAGAUCCAGAGACAUAUCGAGAGACUACCAAAAGGGGCAGCUAUUUUCUUUGAGUUCAAGCACUAUAAACCCAAGAAGGGGUUUACCAGCACAAAAUGUUUUGCCUUCAUGGAAAUGGAUGAGAUCAAACCUGGUCCCAUUGUGAUCGAGUUGUACAAGAAGCCUACUGACUUCAAGAGGAAGAAGCUCCAGCUCCUGACCAAGAAGCCACUCUAUCUCCACCUCCACCAGACGUUGCACAAAGAUUAAUAACCGAGGUCACUGAGUAGAGCACAUCAAGAAUGCAGAAGCGCCACAGAAUUCCACUGUAGUCAUCAGACAUCCAGCAAAGUUUGGUGUACCGACUCCCUAUCCGCCUCCACUCACAUCAGCAAUACUAAACCCAGCUGGCCCAAAUGCCACAACCUCAACUCUGUGAUAGGACAGCCCUGGAUGACACAUAUUAACUACAGCGACGACAACACACUACUGUAUAAUGCUGCUUCGUAACCAAGUGGGAGGUGGGAAUUUACCAGUUGUGAAGUCGUAAAUACCAGUUGGAUGCAUUCACGUGCUUUGAAAAGAUCAUUUGGCUAAUGGCCAACAAGCUACCUAAACCAUAAACUAAAAGCUAUCAUGCUGGUAAACAAAUGAGUGUUAAAAAAACAUAUUAAUAGAUUGCUUUUUAUAAAUAAUGAUUUGUUGCAAUUUAAUUGCAGGAAAAUGCUGUUAUCCAGGUAAUUUCCUAAGUAGGUGCCGUCAGAGGUCAGCAUGUGGGAGAAGUGGGAGUUGUGGGAGUUGGGCCUUUCAAAUGGAUUGUUCCCAGUUGUAUAUGGUAAAUUCCCACUUGGUUACAAACGCAUUUGACCCCUCUGGUGCCAAUUAGUGAUAACUUUUUUCUCUCUUCUCUGCAUGACGCUCAAUGGAAAAGAAGAGUUGAGAUAGCAAUUGGUACUGUAUGUCAAACAACCAGCAGAAAAUUUCAUUUUACUAGGCAAGUCAGUUAAGAACAAAUUCUUAUUUUCAAUGACGGCCUAGGAACAGUGGGUUAACUGCCUGUUCAGAGGCAGAACGACAGAUUUGUACCUUGUCAGCUCAGGGAUUCGAACUUGCAACCUUUCGGUUACUAGUCCAACACUCUAACCACUAGGCUACCCUGCCUCAUCUUUAGUCUUCCUCUGCCUUUCCCUUUGGGGAUGAAAGAGGAUCAACAUGGUCAUUGGUGCUCAAGUGGUGUAUUGAUGAUGUCAUAUCCUGGUGCAAAUGUCAAAAUAUCUCAUUGUGCCCAUUUGACACUGCCACGGUGAAAAUAUAUAACUGCCCAUCCUUAUCACUGAUCUAGCGUUAUUUAAUAGGUAAAAGUAAUAUAUUGGGAUAUUUGCUUUAAUCUAUCCUAUUACAUUAUGUGUGAUUACUUCCAAGGAUGGGAGGAAGGAUGCAUUUUUUUAGCAUUCAAAAAGGAUUCUGAGAUGCUAUGUCAUCCUGUUAUAAAGGGAAUUGAAAAGGAUGCUGCAUGAAAUGAAGUUGACUUUUACCUUUGUUUUGAAUGCUGUUCCCAUCAAGGCCACAAUGGCUAACCACUAUUUAAACAUUGUCUCCAUUUUAUUAAAAUGUGGAUAUUUUUUUGUUGUAAUGGCACUAACUGAAUACACUUAUGGUGCUUUCAAGACAACUGGGAACUCUGAAAAAAUUUGGUCAAAUCAUGACCGAGUUGGAUGACUUAAAAGAUUUCUCCCAGUCAUAGCUUGUUUUUUUUCAUAGUUCACGGUUGUCUUGAACACACUGAAGUCAGAGAUUUCUGAGUUCCCAGUUGUUUUGAACACGGCAUUAAGAGACACUAAUCAGUGCUGUCCGACAGGGUUGACGAUUGUCAAUACAGUGUUGUGCUUUUGGUAACAGGUUGUGAGAAAAUGAACAUUUAUCAUUGGACUGACAAUUUACACUACUUUCAUUUUUAAUAAACAAAAUGCUGUUUGAA